AUGACACAAUCUACUGUGGAUCGAUUAACGCAGAUCCUCGUGGCGCAAUACCUGGCCAAGCACGCACACGAGGCCUCACUCUCACAGUUUAUGCAGGAGACCGGGCUGCCGCGCUCGGCAGUGGAGGCUGCUGAAUACGAGACCCUCGAAACACUGGUUGCAGAGCGUGUUGAGUACAACGAGAGUGCGCUCGCAAACCAGCUAGCGCAAAAUUCACUCAACGAUGCGAUGCCGGAGCUGGACCCCCGCUUCGGGGUGCGCGCCUGGGACUACACGCAGCACGCGGCUGCAAUGCCGCUCGAGAGAAAACCACCUUCAAUGACCAUCGACUUGCAGUUCGGUGCUGGGGCAGGCCCUCUUGCCGGCUACCUUUCGGCCUCCACAGCUGCAAGGACGGUGAACUUCUACGACCGCGACCUUCGCGUUUUGCGCGAGCUCCAGUCCACAUCUGGAGUCGUGAAAAAGUGCGGCGUGCUUGCAGGAUCCUCGUUCUACUACACUUGCGGUUUCAAUGGUAGCAUAUGCGUGUACAACGCUAGCUUCGAGCGCGUGCUCGGACAUCAGCUCCAUGCUCGCAUCGUCACCGAUAUCCAGUUCUUUCAAGUAGGGGAUAGCGCCCGCUUCUUGUGCUUCAGCUGUGGCCUUGACAACCACGUUAAACUACACUCUCUGGAUCUAGACUCCUCCUCCGCAGAGCUCUACGACUCUUUCAAGCUCAUUACGCCAUGCACUUCGUUUCAACUGGUUCAGGAGCCUGUCCAGAAAUGCCCCCUGCUACUUCUUACGAGGCUGGACUUCUCGCAUAUUAUUGUGCUUGGAGUGAGGGGCGGUGAGCUGGUGGAAAUGAGCAGAAUCGCGAUGAACAGCGCUCAAUUCAGUGCGCAUUCGUUUAAUGCGCGUUCGAUGUGCCUCCUGAACCUACAACAAACCACUGACCCUACGAGCACAAACAAACAUCUUGUACCCGUCCAAAAAGGGACCAUGAUUGCUGUUGCAACGUCUCACACUCCGUUCAUGAGACUCAUUUUGCUGGAAAUGCCGGACUUUUCUGAGUUGAGUCAGUUCAGCGACGCGAACCCCAAAAUUUACUACGAUAAGAUUCUCAGAAACAUGGCAACUACUAUCGCGCAAGACCAGUUUUCGCAGCCCAUCGUCAAAGCCUUCCUACACGCUUGCGGCCUUGUUGUCGGGUGCGACUCAGGAAUAUAUGCAGUCGAUCUUUCCAAUUGCGACACCUGGCAAGCAGUUCCUGAGAGCAAGAGGGUUAAGGCUUUAGACGUUUGUGACAACCGGAUUGCGGCUUCAUAUGCGGGCGGAGAUCUUGAAGUUUGGUGUUUUGAGAGUCGCUAA